AUGGAUGGCGCCUCGAGGAUGCAGUGGGAGAUCUCUGCAAGACAAGCCGACAAGGAGCUCCAGAAGAAGAAGCUCGCGAUCAUCUCCCUGGCCUUCAACGGGGAGAUCCUGCUCACCAGCUCCUGUAAGCCGACGGUGAAACUGUGGAGGCUGGGAGAGGAUGGUCUCACUGCUAGCGGCUCACUGUCGGGAAUCUCAGGCGCAGCUGCUCCCAGCUCCCUGGAUUGUCUCAAGGACAAGGCAGCCUUCUGCACGCAGGACGGAUGCAUCCUUCUGUAUGACUUAAGGAAUCCGGACCGGCCAAGCCAGCUGGACAUUGCAUCCGGGCAGGGAAGUAUAAUACGCUUUCUGCCCGACGGCAACCGACUGGUGUCUGGUGGUGUCUCUGGCAAGCUCUCCAUCUGGGAUUUGCGGAAGCAACAGCUCGAGCGGGAGCUUUCUGCGAACUCCGCUGGCAUGGAGGUCAAGAAUGGCGAUGAGGAGAGGCCGAGCAAGUUUCGCCGCCCCUCCGUCGUGCCACAGGACAGCAUCACGGCCUUAGCUCCAAGUGGCGACGGUCUGAUGCUGGCUUGCGGCCGGAGCUCAGGGCGCAUCGGCUUGCUGCAACUGGCGACGCUGGACUGGGCAGGCAUGGACCUGCAGGCCCACGUGGGCAGCGCAGUCAGAUCACUCUCCUUUGAGCGGUCGAGGUUUCUUUUCAGCGGCGGCGACGACCGCAACAUUUGCAUGCUGGAUGCCUCGCGUUGGGCUUCUCGCGGCACUAGGCCACAGGUGGAGCGAUUUCCCGCCCAUCGCAAGAGCAUCACGUGUGUGCAAGCAUGUCCUGACAAUAGGAAUCCGGCUGUAGUUUCUACCGCCUGGGACAGGGUGGUCAAGGUGUGGGACUACCGAAGACAAGUCGUCCUGCAAACGUUCUCGGAGCACGCCGGGGCUGUCACAGGCGUGGCAUUCGAUCCAGACGGUCAGAUUUUUGUGACGGUCGGGGCCGAUGCCAUGAUCCACAUGUACACGCCGGUCCACGACUUGGGGCCUGAGGGUGCGGAAAACUCGGCGCAACCCGGGGCUCCAGAGGAGGAUGCUCAGGAUCUUAAGGCUGUUAAGGUUAAGCCUGGAUGA